AUUGACAUUAUCUAUAUUAAUCACCUGUAGAGAGGAAUGAAUGUCUAAGGGACUAUUGUCUAGAGUUUUGGAUUCAAAGCACGAGGAUAGAGAUUGUUUAGAAUAUAAAAUGCAGAUUUCUCACGGAGACUUUGGAUAAUAUUUUAAUAAAGAGAAAAUGAAGAAUUUUAUACGUGGAAGUGACUCAAGAAGACGAUGCCGAACGACGAUAAUCGAGUUCGGGCCAUCAAGAGAGAGACCAGUUAUCUCGAUAGACCCUUCGGUACAUCUGAACCGAGAAUAUACUGAUAACAUUAAAACCGCGCCUUAUCGUCCAGACACGUGAUAAGGAUUUCUGUCUUAAGUGCUUAACGCUUAUGGACAAGAAGAGUGGAAUUCGUUUAAGUGCAAGACGAGUACGGCCGAAUGGAUCAACACCUGGGCGGUCAAUUUGGCCGAGUCACUUCCUCUUCGGUGAUUCAUCCUACUCGGACACUCUAGACUUACGCGAAUAAAUUUGUCAAAAAUGAUGACUCAACAACAAUCAACAGCUAUCAUCAUUUCGAAUACUUCAAGAUUCGAUCAUCGACAGUGUCAUCGAUGAGAGAGAGAGAGAGAAAGAGAUUGUCCUCGGAAGCUUCGCCGGAGCUCGCAUGAAAUCUCACGAGCGGCUGUCAUUCAAUGAUUCCGCGUGUCCACCCCGCUGCCCUCAAUUGCUUCGCAGGCCGCUCUCGCGCGUUUUUUCCUCGGACGAGUGUACUGUCGGCGUCGCCUGGAAAUUCUACGAAGCGUGUCGCCGCUAUUCCGGCCGAUCCCCUUCUCUCUUUCGCUCUUAUCGUGCGCGGCCACCUCUUCUUUUUUUAUUCUCAGCUCGUAGUAGCGCCGGACAUCGGGCGGGUUCUUGUCUUCAACGACCGGUAACGAGACUCCGCUCGAAGUCACGAAGCGCGUACGUGCGAGCACGCGAACCGAGGAGCAAGACGGAGGAUACAAAGUACGAUGUAAUCGCCUCGAACAGAGUACAUAUUCGCUGCUGGGAGCGAUUGAGCCGUCCGCGGCGACGAUUUUUGCGGUUCGCGAGCAAAGACGAAAUCGCUCUUCGCAAAAGUUGCGAGGCAGUCAUGCAAGAAAGAACCUUUUAUGAAUCAAGCUAACAUUCGCUCGGAAAGAUUGAGCAUUUUUGUCGAAAAAUAGAUAAGGACCAUUGAAUGUAUGAUUCUUCGAAGCUGUAAAGAAGCAAUUGAAUCUGCUAUUUAGAUAGGAAUAUUUUUAUAAAUGGAAUUCUGUCUAAAGUGAGCUACUUAUAAAUGCAAUUACAAUUUUAUCACUUUCAGGAGACUAUUCGCCCGAAAGAUUGAAUCUGAAACAACUUUUGCAUAAUGAAAGCGCUCUGUUAAUCAGUCAUUAGAAAGUUACUCCAAGAUUCUGCAGGAAAUGGGAGAAUUUAAUUUAAAACAGUUACAUAUACAAGAUAAUUAGUUAUUAUUACAUCGUUCCUCACUCGAUUAAAUUGGAGGCGCAAGAUUUAUUCGAGCAAAGGUUUUCGCGCCGCUGUAGAAAAUUGCAGCCGGAAUCAUGGUGAACGACCGUCGUCGUACAUACAUCAGAUGCACAUAGAGCCCCGGGGACGAUGGUGGUCGCCGGCCGCCUGUUGUUACGGUGUUGGUAGUGACGACGGUGCCUCUUCUCUUCAUGGUAGUAGUAGCCGUGAUGGCUAGUGGCUGGCGCCGCCGGACGUUCAACAAUGGUCCUCUCGAAUGAAGAAUGGAGGAAAAAAAAUGAAUGGCCCGACAGGACUCGCGUGACACUCGAGGCUGCCGCUACUCCACUCGGGCAGCGAUUGCGCCGUACAAAUGGUGGUAGCGUCUCGAGGAUCGAGGAGGGGAGCGACAUGGGGCAAGGCUAUAAAAAGACGUCAGGUGAGGGGCGGAGGCCAGUCGGCUUCGAUCCGUCAAACGAUCGUGUGUGACUUCAGGGUCGGCGCAGUCGACACUCUACGACGAUUCAGUACGCGGUGACCGGACAAUCAGUUUUGUCAUCGUCGCACGUCACGACACGUUGCUCCCACUCGAAGGAGAAUGCGCCUGGUCGGUAGUGCGACGAGCUCGUGAUACACGCGUGUGUGUAUAUGUGCGUUGUGUCGAGCGAACGAGAGCAAGAUUCUCGGUGAAAAGGAAGACGAUACCGUUGAAUUUCCGAGAGACUCGGCGCAGCCGUCCCCGUCGCUCACGACGUACACUUUGCGCCUCCGUGACUCUCUCGGCAGAUCGAUAAAUAUACAUACGCGCGUGUGUGCAUGUGUGUGUGUGUGCGCGCGCGCGCUAUCGUCGUCGAGCGACCACGCAGAGCGGCGCCGAGAGGAAAUCAAUCCAAAUUCAUCAGCUCGAUUGCUCGUGGCUGUAACCAGGAAUCCAAGCCGUUGCCAGUCAUGAAGGCGAUGGUGGUGAGCCCGCUGGGCGGCAGAGUUCCGCCCGAUCAUCGCGGCGUUCUGCACAACGGCCUGGGAAUCGGCGGCACCAGGCGCGACCUCGAGGCCGAGGAGGUGGCCGCUUACCUGACGAAGCUGCGCUCCCUCGUGCCGGACAUGCCGCGCAAACGGAAGCUGUCGAAGCUCGAGGUGAUCCAGAGGGUGAUCGAGUACAUCUGCGACCUGCAGACCGCCCUGGAGGAGACAAACGCCGCUGCGCAUCAGGAGACGACAACGACGACGCAGUCGUCGAGACAACCCCUGCUGAAUGCCAUCACGACGACCACCACGACAACCGCCCCCACCAUCGCGACGUCCGUCAUAAUGACGACAACCUCGACGGUCGCUGAACGGUGACCUGCCGGCCGGACUGAUUAAGGUACAGGUCGCAUCGAUGUCAUCCUUCUUCGUGGAUUGGCGGAUAUAUACUCCGAAAGGGUUGUUCGGGCGUCAUGGAACGUCGCGUAAACUCGCCCGCUGAUCUACACUUGACUUGACGUUCCAGGAGAUGGUGUUAAUCACCUCCCCGUCUUCGCCGCCAACCCCCUACCCUCCCCUGGAAAAGAGAAACGGGAGACCGUUCGACGGCGCGCCUGCACCCGAAAGGAAGAUGAGCCUGAAAACGAAGACGUUUGAGAAAAGCGAGAAAAGAUUCCCGCACCUCUUCGAUUUCUUAAGGUCUUCCCUUCCCCGGAGAAGGGAAAUUGUAAAUAUACUUGUACAUAGACUCUCUCUCAUCGCGCAUUCCUCACGAGAUCUCUUUCACUAUAAGGACUUCAUACGAGGAUCCUUCUCUUGUCUUUUUUUUCGGGAAUCUUACCAUUCCAAAUUUGUUCAACAGCGUAUUAUUUAGAAAUCGAAAAUAUCACGUAUCUAUUCAUCUUCAAAGUUUCCGUUUUGCGAUUGAUGGACCGUAGGAAAAGGCGAUCUUUUUUUAUAUUGAUUAAUAUAAUCUUGCGGUUGAAGUAAUUGACAUCGGUUCUCCGGUGCAGGGCGAGAAUUUAUUUGUCGAUUAUAAUAAUAAUAAUAAUAAUAAUAAUAAUAAUAAUAAUGUGCCGAGGGCGCAGUAUCGUGCGUGGACAGAUGUCACGGAGUCUCCUUCUCCGAAAAUGUUUGCCAUAUACAUUCAGUAGAGUCAUUACAUUAGCGCCCCGCCCAACUGGUCGCCGAUCGAUCGCCUUUUCUUACACGGUUCUCUCUUGGAAAACGCGCUCCGUCAUCGCCUGACUCGCGAGCGAUCUGCGAGGUUUAUUUCGUAGAAUACGUCUUAAUAGUUGGCGAUUUCGAAUUUCGAUGUCGAUACACAAUGGUGAUUUUUUUUUAUAUUCGUCUGUGACACUCGACUUGCGAGAAAUUAAAUUUUCACCAAAAUUCUCGACGACUUUAAAUCCCAUGUUUCGUUUCCCGGUUAAGAUAUUCACGCUCUCGCUGUAUAUCGCCGAUACCUUUAUUAUUGUAUGAUUAUAUUAUAUCGUUGUUAUAUAUACAUAGCCCUUUAUGUUAUAAUUUAGAGAGAGCUAACUCCCCUUCCUCAAUCCGCGUAAAUAGUGUAUAUUUACGAAGACUGAAAGGCUGUAAGAGUACAUUAAUGCGCGGGCGAAUUGCACUCGCACACACGAAAUAAAUGCAAACUGUGUCUACAAGUUA